GCUGUUGUGUUAGAAGUGUGUGUGUGUUUUUACAAAAUCAGAUUUCCUACUCCUCCGCUGACAUUUUUCCCUGCUUUCUUGCCUGGAUAAACGGAGAGAAAGAGAGAGAGAGAGAGAGAGAGAGAGAGAGAGAGAGAGAGAGAGAAAACAACUGGGCUUUUUUCUUUUUUUCUUUAUAUUUUGGAGGGAUGAAUAUACAGCUCCGGAGAAUCCAUUAGCGACAAUCUGCCCAACACAGAAACAUGGAUCGUGAAGAUCGUAGUGAUUUAGUCCAAAUCCAAACACAUUCCCCCAAGUCUCCAGAUGUAACCUCCAACACAGACAAAUGUGAGGAGGUAAAGGCCUCCUCAAAGAAGCAUGCGGAACGCCGAAGUGUUGCCACAAGACCUGACGUCAUUCCAAAAUCACCUGCAACACCCAGUCCCCAAAGUAAAAAAGAUGCAGUGAAGCUGGAGGACCGGCAAAAACUGGCGAAGGAAAGGAGAGAAGAGAAGGCUAAAUAUCUAGAACAACGUGGCCACUGUCAAGCUGCUAAGAAGUUGGAGUGGUUGGAGAAGGAGGAACGGGCGCGGCAGUUACGAGAGCAGCAGAUACAGGAGCGCAAGAGGAAGCUGGAGGAUCAGAGGCUGAAAGCUGAGAAGCGCAGAGUUGCUCUGGAGGAGAGACAGAAACAGAAAUUGGAGAAGAACAAGGAACGCUAUGAAGCUGCCAUCCAGAGGUCUUCAAAGAAGACGUGGGCUGAGAUUCGCCAACAGAGAUGGUCAUGGGCCGGAGGCCUGAGUGCCAGCUCCAGUCAGAGUCAGAGCCGAUGCUCAGUUUCUGCAGUCAACCUUCCCAAACACGUGGACUUUGUUCUAAACAAGCGUCUCUCCAAAUCCUCUGCCACCCUCUGGAAUUCCCCCAGCAGAAGUCGCAGAUUGGAGUUAAGUCCUUGGGAGAGUAGCAUUGUGGACCGCCUAAUGACACCCACCCUGUCCUUCCUGGCACGAAGUCGCAGUGCUGUCAGUGUGCAGAGCAGCGGCAAAGAUUCUAAGUCACCACUGUGCCCUCGUUCAGCCUCAGCAAGUCCACUCGCAGUGUGCUCUCACCGGCCCCAUCGAUGCUCCGAACGCUGGAGGGUUACAACCAGCACCCCCGACAUCACCCAGCGCCCACGCAGACGGGACUCCACUCCUAUGGAUAAAAAAAAGAAAGAGAAGAAGGACAAAGAGCGGGAGAACGAAAAGGAAAAGAGCGCCAUCACCAAAGAGAAGGUGCUGAAGAAGAGACAGUCAUUACCAUCAAUGCCUGCCAGACGUGAGCCCAGUCCAAGUGCACACAUAAAACAGCGUGCUUCCUCACCAAGACCCCCACCAGCCCUCAUCAGCACAAUCACCCCAAAAUCUCGACCUAAGAGGCCACGAACACCAAUCCGUGUGGAGGCACACGCCAAAACUGCAGAACAAACCCUAGAGAGCAGAACCUCGUCUCCAAUCACUUCCGUUGUCGUGCUGUCCACCUCUGUCACGCCCCCUCGUACAAAUACCCCAACCGCAGUGGUAUGUCCCUCCUCUGUUCCUGAACAGUCCUUGUCAAGUUUUAGCAUUCCACAAGUUUCUCCAGCCCCCUCCCCUGCCAAGCCCAUGGCUGGAACGAACGAUCCAGAGGAAGCCGCUCGCAUCCUGGCUGAGAAAAGACGACAGGCCCGAGAACAGAGGGAGAGGGAGGAGGAGGAACGGAGGGAGCAAGAAGAGAGAGAGAGGAAAGAGCGGAUUGCCCGGGAGGCAGAGGAGAAGAGGCGAAAGGAGGAGGAGGCACUGCUUAUGGCAGAGCAGCAGAAGCUGAGAGAGGAAGCCGAGCUUCUGCAACAGGAGAAAGAGGCCCAGGAGAAAGCCAGGGCUGAACAAGAAGAGAACGAGCGCCUCCAGAGACAGAAAGAGGAGGCUGAAUCCAAAGCCCGUGAGGAGGCGGAGAGGCAGCGCCUGGAGAGAGAGAAACACUUCCAGAAGGAGGAGCAAGAGAGGCUGCAGAGGAAGAAACGCCUGGAGGAAAUCAUGAAAAGGACACGCAAAACAGACACCCCAGAAAAGAAGGACACAAAAUGUUCUCCUCCACAAGUUAAUGGUGGAAGUUCUCAACUGGAAUCAGAGAGCAGUAAAGAAUCUAAAGACUACCUUCCAAGCGUGGAGCUGAAACAAGAUCAGUCACAGAGUUGCAGGAAAGAAAGUUCUCCAGUCCAUGCGAUCAACGGUAUCCAGGCUAAGCAGGAGAACGGACUAUCAGGUGGUGAAGCGUCCCGUUUCGAAGAGAUCAUUCAGCUGUCCAAUCACGCUGGUGCUAACGGCAGUGGCCGGGAGAAAGCCGAGGCCGAUAUGCCAAACGAGCCAAUCAUGGCCUUUGAUAAUGGGAACACUUUUCUGAAAAAAGCAGGCCCCAUGAAGCCACAGCAUGUUGCAGAGGUGCUGUGAGCAUCAGGGCUAUUAAACAGAGGUGAUGUCAGACAACUGCCUGACUCCAAGAUCCCCGCCGGAGGGUAUUGUGUGAUGAAGCACAGCCUGACCAGACCCGUGCUAACCCAAUCACUGACUGCUGUUUAGAUUGUCCAGAGCAUCAUCAUGGUUAGAACCUGCCCUUUUCAAAAGGGUGUGAUUACAAUGAAGCCACUCUGCUGUCAAGCUUAACUAAACACACUCUCGCCACCCUCCAAGGUGCAUUCGGUCACCAUUUAUCAAAAGUUCACCCGGCAGUCUGACCUCGCACCUUAGGGCACACCGCUCCAUGCGUCUCCAUGAUCACCAGAGCAAACAUAAACACGACAAAAGCAAGAUUUCUGGCUGUAUUUCUUAUCCUGAGUUAAACUGAAAAGUGCUUUGGCUAGUUUGUUUUAAUGUUUAGUUAUUUAAUGUGUUGAGAAAUGUAACUACUGGGUACAGCUAUAUGUGAAUAGUGUAAAUUGGAAUACAGUUGGGAGAGCUUUGUGAAAUUAAACAAACAGAUUGAA